AGCUGUAUGACUCACUAAAAAAAUAUUCCAGUUUCGUCUAGACGAAAUUAGAAUUCCAAUUUCGUCUGGACGAAUUCCGAAUCGGGCUGGAUUCCAACUUCGGCCAUAACAUAUAUAUAUAUAGAAAUAUCAAUUCACUUACUCAAUCAUUCGUAUAAAAAAACAAGCCAAGAGUAAGUUACACAAUAAGCACAGAAAUACGUAUGUUCAAUAUUUUAGCUCAAAGUUUUGCCGUCUAACUUUUCAUUCACACCCACACGAAUUAUACUCAACAUUGAGCAUCAAUAUAUAUAUAGAAGUCAAUGAAUGACUACUGAUCUUAAUAGCACAAGUUUCAGCCAAUAUGAGCUAAUGAGAUAUUUCAUAGUAGAAAUUUAAAUGUCACUCGUUUAUUUGAUUGCUACCAAUAUUCCUAUAGGUUUUAAUGAGAUCUUAUUAAAAUCCAAGAGAAAUUCGAUUGAAACUUAUCGUGUCCGAUAGUUGGAGAGAUUCUUCUGAGAUCAUCUCUAAUCUAUAUGAAUGAAUAUUCUUCAUAUCAUUCAAUAUGAAUUAUCAUUUUUUGCAAUUGUUCAGUCAAUGAACAGAUAUAAAAAGAAAUGGUCAAAUAAAUUGAUGUCUUUUUCUUUUCAACAAACAAAAAAGAAGCUAAGUCCAUUGUUUCAUACACUAAACAGAUUAAAUAUACUUUAGUUUAAAAAAGAAACUAUAUUUCGAUAGAAUGAAUAAAUUACAUCUUUUAUACGAAACUGAUUUCUAUUUGAUAAUCAUUUCAAUUUCAAGUAUCAUGUUGAAUGAUGCUACUUGCAAUCAAUAUUUCGAAUAGAGUAGAUGUAUCAACUUAAAGUAAAAUAUACGUAACAUCUGCAGAUUCUGAUGUAUAUUUUGCUAAAGAAGUUUAUAUUUUGAUGUCAAAGUCUUAUAUGCUAUCUAUACAGUUUUCAAUUAAAUAUUAUUUUUGUUAUAUAAAUUCGAAUUUUAUAUUUGUUAUUGUAAACACAUCAAAUGGUGAAAUUGCAUGUGUAUUGAGUAUUUAUUCGUUUUCUAAGUUAAUUUGAAUGUCUAAUUACAGAAAAAAUACAUGCAUACAUAGUAAAUUAUCUUUUAUUUUUAUUGUUAAUUGAGCAAUAAUGACAACAUAAUACACCAUUUCCUUCAUCAAUUAUUCCAACAUCAAUUAGUCAUGCAUAUAUUUCGCAAAUAUCUGAUAGUGAUUUAUCAUUAGACAAUACAUUUAGUUAUAAAAAAAUUCAAAAAUAAAACCAAAUUUAUUCGAAUAUGUUUAGAUGAUUCAACAACAGAAGAAACAAAUAAUCUUUCUUUUCCACAAGUAACAUAACGAAGUAAUGAACAUCAUCAUCGACAAAUAAACAGGUAAAAGACCAUCUCAUCUAUUUACUUUCGUUUUUAUUUCUACUAUCAUACUAGUUUAAGUUCAUUAACAAAGAAGUGUCAACGAUCAAGGUAAAACUAAAGCUUUUUUCCUUUAUUUUUUUAAACUUCAUUUUUUUGUUUCUUUAGAUCAUAUGAACAUGAUCAAUGGACACAUAAACAAAUAAAAACUUGUUCAUUAAUUCAAGGUGAAAAAUUAGCAAUUGCUCAUACUCCUGUUACUAUGAAAGAAAGAAAUAUUUCCAAUGAAGAUAUAAAAAGAAAUUAUGGUUUAUCAAGUAAUCCAAAUAAAUGGACAGUGUUUGAAGUUGGAAAAUUUAGCUCACAUUUAACUGAUGAUACAAUUGCUAAUGCCUUUGAUAAGUUUGAUAUUAAUGGUAAAGCAUUAUUACUACUAACAAAAGAAAUUUUACGUGAUGAUAUGAAAAUUAAUUUAGGACCAUCAAUAAUAUUGAAUGAAAUAUCAAAAUUACAUUAA